GGCUAGCUGUUUUAGUGCCAACCGCACGAUAACUAAUAGUGUGUGAUCGGCGCACAAGCCAGCUUAGUAUGACGCGCUUAGAACUUCUAUAAAAAUGCAAAGUCGCGCACUCGUUUUGUUUCAGUUCAUUGCGGCGUUCUUUAAGGCGCGUUCUUCUCAAGUUCACCUCACGCUCGUUGCGAGUUCUAUACAUUUAAUUCUAUCUUAUUUUCGGCCUUGCACACAAACAUCUAAAUUAUUUUCUGCCAAAUUGGAAAAACCUGCAAAAUAGUGUAGCAAGCAAAUAAGAACUAAAGUGGAUAUUGCAUAAGUUAAAACGGAAAUUUUUGAACGUAAGCAUUUAAUUGAAAAGACACAUUUCUCAACAAUGGAACCAAAAGUCUUGCUCCUGACAUUUGCAAUUAUUUUCGCGUUCCUAUGCCCUAUAAAUGCUGCAACAAUGCCUGAUUACAUCCAAAUCUGCCAUCGAAAUGAUCCAAAGAUAGCGGAAUGUGUCAAGGAAACAGUGCAUUCUAUACGACCGCAUUUGGCUGAUGGUAUUGAGGAAUUGGGUGUUCCGGCUAUGGAACCACUGUAUAUCGGUGAUUUGAAUAUAUUGGAAGGUGGCGCCAAUGGAAUUAACGUUAAAGUAAAAAAGCUCAACGUUUACGGAUCGUCAAAUUUUGAAAUCAAAAAAAUUAGAGCAUCUGAUGAUGCCAGAAGGUUCGAUUUUGAACUGAUUUUGCCGUAUCUGCACGGCGAAGGCAACUACAAUAUUAAUGGACAAUUAUUGGGUUUAACGUUGCGGGGUAACGGCCCGUUCACUGGAAAUUUCACCAAUUUUUAUGCCUUCGUGAAGGUUAUCUUCAACGUUACAACGGUGAACGAUGUUGAACUGAUUGGCCUAAAAGAAUUAGUUGUCAAGAUUCGCACAGGCAGUGGAAACGUACAUUUGCAGAAUCUAUUCGGCAAUGAUAAAACGCUAGGCGAUAUUAUAAAUGAGACUAUCAAUCAAAACUUCGAACUAUUUACCAAUGAAGUUAUACAACCCAUCGAACGCGCUUUGGAGAAGAAGUUUAGCGCCGUCUCAAGUAAAAUUCUUGAUAGUUUCACUUAUAAUGAACUAUUUCCGCUUUAAAUAUGCAAAUGUUGUAAUUUAAAUGAUUUUUAUAGCUACUGAAUUGUAAAGUUAUGAUUACAUAUUUUUUUAUCUAUGUAUUUAGUAUAAUUACAAUUUUUUUACUUCGAUGCGUGAACUCCAAAGAUUCCAAAUUUUGGAUUGUCUAGCGCAAAUAAACCAUAAACGUGUACAAAUAUAUAUGUAUAUGUAAAAGAGAUGUAAAUGCUCGAAGGAUAGAAAGCAAAUUAUGUGAUAUAACACGAUGUAAACGAAAUCGUUAGCAUAAAUUUGUAAAAUAAAGUAAAAA